GUUUAUUUGUCUUGCCCUUGAUAUUAAAAAUGCAUCUCUUGUUAUCAUAUACAUAGAAACAUUGUAAAAGAGGUUUGUUUUAACGGAAUAAGUGAACUAAUAUAAUUUCACAGUUUUAUUCAGUGCAAUGUCGCAACUCCUCGGGACUAUACCUUCGUUUUCUCAGCUUCGAGGAAAGCCGAAUGAUGACUGGAUUGAUCGGAUGUCACAUGUCUAUACAACAGUGAUCUUGAUCAUCUUUACGGUUGCAGUCAGUUCCGGUCAAUUUUUCAAAGAUCCGAUACAUUGUUGGCAUCCGGCAGAUUUCAAAUCCUCUAUGGAAUCAUACACUACCUAUAACUGUUGGGUUAAAAAUACAUACUAUAUUCCUAUGUAUGAUGAAAUUCCUCCAAAUAUUACAAUUCGUCAAGAUGCUGAAAUAACAUAUUAUCAAUGGGUUCCAUUAAUUUUACUUUUCAUGGCGUUGUUGUUCAAACUUCCGAAUGUUGUCUGGAGAAUAUUUAGUGGUGGAUCUGGUCUAAAUUUAGAUAAAAUCGUUUUCCUUGCCGAGCAGUCACAAUUAGGAUCGCCAGACGAUCGAAAAGAGACUAUCAAAUCAAUAGCUGUUUUUAUUGAUAAAUGGUUAGAUGCAACUAAAGAAAGAAAUUGGAGUGUUUUGAAUAGAACCAAACAACAAUUCUCGCGCUAUCUGUUCUUCUUUUGUAACAAAAAGGCGGGAAGGUAUUUAGUAACACUUUAUCUGUUUGUUAAGGUCCUGUACGCCUUAAAUGCCAUCGGCCAAUUAUUUCUCCUCAACGCUUUCCUCGCUACAAGAUUCAAUUUUUAUGGUUUUGAGUUUUUGGAAAAUCUGUACAGCAAAAACCCGUGGAAGGAAUCGCCAAGAUUUCCUCGGGUGACUCUUUGUGACUUUCAAAUUAGGUUGCUGCAGAAUGAACUCAGGUACACUGUACAGUGUGUCCUACCUAUCAACCUUUUCAAUGAGAAAAUCUUCAUUUUUAUUUGGUUUUGGUUGAUUUUCAUUGCUACUUUGGCAGUUUUUAAUCUUUUCGUGUGGUUUUACAUUGCUGUACUUAAAGCCGUCAAAAUACAGUACUGCAAAAAGUACUUGCAAAUUAAUAACGAGAUUCAUACUAGCUUCGAUAAAAAGCUUUGCGUCAAGUUUGCAGAAUAUUAUAUGCGUGAUGAUGGCGUAUUUAUGCUGCGACUUGUCGCAAAGAAUUCUACUGAAAUGGUGGUCUCCGAUCUUGUUAAAGAGCUAUGGAUAAUGUUCAAAAACAAGCAGAAUACCAAGAAGAACGACGAUGAUAAAGAACUGAUUCCAGAAGUUAAGACAAACCUUGUAUAAAGAAUAUUUAUAUUUUAGUUAUUUGCAUACGAGAUACGUUCAGUGCAUGCUUGUAACUUAUAAGUUAUGUUUGUUUUGCUUAAUGGGAUGUGUACACUGACAACAAGUCGAUUACCAGGGAAAAUGAAGAUGCCAACGACUUGAUUCAAGUAGUUAAGGCACAAUUUGAAUAAUGAAUAUUUAUAUUUUAGUUAUCUGCAUACAAGAUACGUACAAUGCAUGCUUGUAACUUGUAAGUUAAUUUUGUUUUGCUAAAUAGCAUAAUUAUGUACCACAACUAGCAGAUUACCAGGAAAAAUGAAGAUGCCAAAGAAUAAACUCACGAAGUUAACUUAAGGCAAAUCUUGUAUAAUGAAUAUUCAUAUUUUACUUAAUUGCAUGCAAUAAACGUACAGUGCAAUCCA